AUGAAAGCUUUUGGCUGGUUAGCACUCGGGUUGAGCCUGGUCUUUGGUUGUCUGUUUUUGGCCCUUUUAGCAGAAGUCUAUUACUUGCUGUGGUGGAGGAAGAGAAUCGGUUCUAUUAAGGAUGAGGCGGCAGAAGAUGUGAAUGAGAACACCAGCCAUGCCAAGGACAUCCUCCACCUGAUCUGCUUGAAAGGUCCGUCUUCUUUGAAUCCGAGCUCGGCCAGCGGGCUGGGGCCGUCGGGUUCAAAUGGCGAUGUCGGGAUCGAUGGGCGUACUGAAGGCCAGGAGCAAGACCUGGAAAUGGGAGGCUUCAGUGAUUUGCUGCUGAAUAAGAGUGAGGAGGAGAGCCUGGACGCAGAGCUCAUGAGGCUCCACAACCUUGCCGGCCCUCCGAGGUUCCUGUUCACGAUCAAGGAGGAGAGCAAGGAAGACAUGGAUUCCGAAGACGGGAAGUCGACGAGGAAAGGGUCGAGAACUAGGAGCUUGAGUGAUCUCCUUGUGGGUCUGGAGACACAAGUAAGCCCCCUCAAGCCUAGCCCGAGUCCGAACUCUACCGAUUCCGAUGCAGGGUUCAGCUUCAAUCCUCCGGUGGUCGACGGCGCUUCUCCUCCUCCAAAGUUCAAGUUCCUGAGGGAUGCAGAAGAGAAGCUGCUGAGGAGACUGAUGGCAGAGGCUGAGAAGAGGAGGAGUGAUGGGUAUGGCUCUCUGCUGAGAAUCGGGGUCGUUGAGUCCAAAGAAAGGGAUCGGAUUCAGAUUGUCCCGAGCCCGCGAAACUUUCCUUCGAGCUCUUCCCAGGUACUUCCACUGGCAUCUUCUCCCACAGCAAGUAUCAGGAACCUUGAGGAACAAAAGCCAGCACCUGUUCAUUGA